UCCGAAGAUAUCCCUGUUUUGUUCUCCGUAUAAAUUGAAUGGUAUUCUGCAAGGUGCAGUGCAGUGCAUUGCUGGUGAUGACCCGCCUCAAGAUGAACAAGACCUUGAUGAUACUGUCAGUUCUGCUCGCCAGAACGAUGGGACAAGGACGCUUUAGAGCUAUUGUACCUAAAGCAGUGCCUAGAGUUGCGCCCAGAGCUGCGUUUGAACCACAAUCUCCAGGACGUGAGGUGAGGAUUGUUAGCCAGGCAGCUGAUGUCGACAUAGAUGGAUCCUACAGAUGGAGUUUUGAAGCUGACAACGGCAUAUCCGCUCAGGAGCAAGGCCAACUGAAAAACGCCAAUGCCCAAGACUCAGCGGGUGAAGCCCAGGGCCAAUUCCAAUAUACUUCACCAGACGGCACCCCAGUGCAGAUCUCCUACAUCGCCAAUGAAAAUGGCUUUCAACCUCAAGGAGCCCAUUUGCCGGUACCUCCGCCAAUACCCAUCGAGAUACAGAGAGCGCUAGAAUGGAAUGCAGCUCAUCCAGAGGAGGAUAACGCUGGUGGUGGAGGAGGAAGAAGACUGUGAAGAGUGAAUAUUGAUUAUUAUUUGUCGUUAUUUGUAUAAGAACUGCCAAUAAAAUGUUGUGUGAUAUAAAGGCUUCUAUACAAAAUAUAUAGGGUUCCAGAAGAUGUUGUAAAGGCUUCUAUACAAAAUAUAUAGGGUUCCAGAAGAUGUUGUCAGAACAAUUCAAGAAUGCAUCCUGCGCAUUGGGAUAUAGAGAAAAGCCUAUAUGAACAUGAGCCCAGAAAUUAUCCGUCUUCAUGACGCCAUAUCUUCAUCCUUUAACGAAAUUAGGUCUUAUUUCAAGGAGACAAUGUUUUUUAUUGAAAAGUAUCACAUUGAUUUCUUCGUUUUGUUUGUUACAAAAAACUGACAGCUCAAUUUUUUAUAACCAUGAAAAGCUUAUUGCACCGGAUAACUAAUAUCUUUCUAGUUGUAGUUUUCCCCUGGGUAAAUAAAGAAUGUGUGCAUUCAUGAAAAUAUCUUUUGCUUUACUAGAAACAGAAUUAUCUAUU